AAUGAGCUAAGUCACGCAUUCUGCAACACUACCCUAACUAUCUCUUGAUGGGGGCCCCACACUACGUAGUCCAUUCCCCACCACACUCACACUUCUCCUCACUUCAUUUGCUCUGCUUCUACUGCAAAAACCCGAACAACGACGAUCUUCCUUCUUCUUUCUCUCUCCAAAUCAAUGAACUACUGCAGAAUAUCAUCAUUCAUCAUCAUCUUCAUCUUCUUCAACUGCUGAAUUCUCGCACUGUUUUUGAAUUCUGUUAUAGUGAGAGAAUCAAAUUAUUCGUUUUUGAGUUUUGACCUAGAAAGUUCAGAAAAAAUUGCAUUUAAAUACCAUUCACUUUCUCUUUCCUCUGAUCGUGCCUUAGUUGGUUGUAGAUUUUGGUAAAGAAUAUCUUCUUUUUCAAGUGCUGAAUUCUCGCGAAGUAAAUUAUUUGAUUUGAGACCAAGAAAGUGCAGAAAAACAGCAUUCACAAAUCAUCUACGUUCUCCUUCUGGUUAGUUUUGGUCAAUCAACAUCAAAAACUUCUUUUACAAGCUAAAGAGGACACCCCUAGUGGACAAGGACGGUGUUGCUCCUAGUUGUCAAGAUUCCAUGUCAAGGUUUACUCAUGUUUCUUACUAAGGUACGAUGAUGAGCUUGUAUAGAAUGACAAUUCUGGGCCUGGAUACAGUCAUAUUCCUAAGCAUACUCUUCUUGGUCAGUGCUUCCAGUGACAUGGAAGUAUUGUCCACAGUAAGGAAAAGCCUUAUCCGGAGAAAAGACAUGAUUCCUAGUUGGUUUUACUCGGAGAUUCCUGUAUGUAACUUGACAGGUGUGGAGUGUAGAGGUAUGGAUGUGUUUGGGGUUAAUCUGCCUUGUUCAUCUUCACCACUAGACCUUCCUUUUCCUAGCAGCAUCGGAGAAUUAAAACAUCUCAAGUAUCUUAAUCUCAGUCAGUGUGGGCUCACAGGUGAAAUUUCUGAUAAUAUAUGGAGUCUUGAGAAUCUUGAGAUCCUGGAUCUGAGUGGUAAUAUGCUCUCUGGAACUUUCCCUCUAAGUCUGCCAAAUUUGGAAAAUCUCAGGGUACUUGUACUUGAUGGUAAUAGCCUGUCUGGUCACUUGCCUUCAACUAUUGGCCUUCUAACUGGCCUUAUUGAGCUAUCACUGCAAGAAAAUUCUUUCUCCGGGAAUCUUCCUUCGGAACUUGGAAAUCUUUUAAAAUUGGAAUCUCUUGAUCUUAGUAAAAACUCCUUCUCUGGGGUCCUCCCUUCAAGUUUGGGUGAACUUACUAGCCUCUUGUUCUUUGAUGCCAGUCACAACAAACUUAGUGGUCCUAUCUUUUCUGGGUUCGGAAAUUUAACAGACCUUAGAAAGCUUGAUCUCUCUGGAAACUCCAUAACUGGACCCAUACCAGUGGAUAUUGGGAAACUGAUAAAUUUAACUUCAAUUGUUUUGGAAGACAACAGGAUUACUGGAGUAAUACCAUCAUCUAUAAGCAAUCUCAGGGAACUUCAGGUGCUUAACAUUCAGAACUGCAGACUUACGGGUGCGAUUCCUAAAGAAUUGACCGAGCUAUCUAAUUUGAUAUACCUGAACAUAGGACACAACUCUUUUAUCGGAGAACUACCAGCAAGCCUUGGAAAAUUAUCUAGUUUAGUGAACCUUCUUGCUGCAAAUGCUGGGUUGAGUGGCAGUAUUCCUGGACAGCUGGGUAACUGCAAGAGGUUGAAGCUUUUAGACCUUUCCUACAACUCCUUUUCUGGUCCGUUACCUGAUGGUCUUGCUGGGUUGGAAUCAAUUGAAUCUCUGAUGCUUGAUUCCAAUCAGUUGUCGGGAAUAGUCCCUAGUUGGAUUUCCAACUGGAAGCAAGUGGAAUCUAUUAUGAUGGCAGAGAAUCGCUUUACUGGGUCUGUUCCGCCGCUCAGUCUGCCGAAUCUAAGGUUACUCGACUUGAAUUCCAAUAUGCUUUCUGGCGAGUUGACCUCAGAAAUAUGCAAUGCUGAGUCAAUUUAUAAAUUAUCGCUGUCAAACAACAAUAUCACCGGAAAUAUUGACAACACCUUUAGAAACUGUCAAAAUCUGGCUGAUUUGAUGCUGUCUGAAAACAAUCUGUCGGGUGAGUUACCUGAUUACUUGGGUAAUCUUCCUCUCGUCCUCCUGGAAUUGUCCAAGAACAAAUUUCAUGGACAGAUCCCUGAUCAGCUAUGGGAGUCAAAGUCUCUUAAAGAAAUAAUUCUCAGCAAUAAUUUGCUCUCGGGAAAAAUUUCCCCAGCCCUUGCUAAGGUUCAGACUUUGCAGAGGCUGGAACUAGAUAAUAAUUUUUUUGAGGGGACCAUCCCUGCUUCCAUUGGAGAAUUGCGGAACCUCACCAACCUCUCUCUACAUGGUAAUUAUUUAAUAGGAGAGAUCCCUAUUGAGCUUUUCAACUGCACAGGCCUUGUGUCCUUAGAUCUUGGUUCAAACAACUUUAUGGGUCAUAUUCCAAAGUCAAUUGCUAGACUGAAAUUGCUGGAUAAUUUGGUAUUAGCCCGGAAUAAUUUCUCUGGGCUCAUUCCUGAAGAGAUAUGUUCUGGGUUCCAAAAUUUGCCCUUGCCAGAUUCCGAGUUCAUUCAGCAUUAUGGAAUGCUUGAUCUCUCUUACAACAUGUUUGUAGGUCCAAUUCCUGCAUCAAUCGGGCAGUGCUUUGUUAUUAGGGAGCUGUUGUUACAAAAUAAUGAGCUGAAUGGCAGCAUUCCUUCUGAACUAUCUGGUCUUUCUUACUUGAGCUUGCUUAAUUUGUCUUUCAAUCAUUUAACUGGUCCCCCCAUACCCAAGAUUUUCUCAUUGAGGAAUCUUCAGGGCCUUCUCCUUUCUCAUAACGAGCUUACUGGUCCUAUUCCUGAUAACAUGGGUUCCUUCAUGCCUAGUUUAACUGAGCUGGAUUUGUCAAGGAACUUUCUUGGUGGGUCGCUGCCGGCAUCUGUGUUUAAUAUUGAAAGCCUUACUUAUCUGGAUAUCAGUGCAAAUUCGCUAACUGGAACCAUCCCUUGCCACUUUGCAUCUGCCAGUUCACUUGUUCAUCUAAAUGCAAGCAAUAAUCAAUUUUCUGGUCCUUUGUGUGACUCCCUUUCAAACCUAACCGCUCUCUCCUUUUUAGACAUGCAUAGCAAUGCUUUGACCGGAAUCCUUCCACCCUCUAUAUCGAACCUUGCUGCCUUGACAUACCUAGAUCUUUCUGGUAACAAAUUUGGAAACUAUGUUCCAUGCAACAUAUGUGACAUUGAAGGCCUCUCCUACAUCAAUCUCUCCGCCAACAGAUUUUUGGGAUUUGUUCCUAAGACCUGCACUGAGCGUAGUGGAUCAUGCGUCUUAGCCUCCCCCCCUUCACAAACUAUCAGCCGAGCCCCAGUUUGGGGUUGUAUGAUUGGGGUAAUGGUUAUCCUGUUGAUUCUGUUCAUUUGUGUGGGUAGACAUUUGAUAUUGAAACAUGAAGCAGCUUUGAUCGACAGUAGAAAGAUUGAGCUUGUAUCUGCUGCUGAGCAAUCUGAUGAGCCCAUGUGGAAGAAGUCAAAAGAGCCUUUAAGCAUCAAUAUUGCUACGUUUGAGCAUUCUCUGACCCGGUUGAACCCUAAGGAGAUCUUAUCCGCCACUGACAACUUCAGCAAGACCUAUAUAAUUGGUGAUGGUGGAUUCGGUACAGUUUAUAAGGCAGCCCUUCCAGAAGGCCGAACCAUAGCUGUCAAGCGGCUUAAUGGAGGACACUUUCAUGGUGAUAGAGAAUUCUUGGCAGAGUUGGAGACUAUUGGAAAGGUUCAGCACAAAAACCUGGUUCCAUUAUUUGGAUAUUGUGUUUAUUCUGAGGAAAGGUUUUUGGUGUAUGAAUACAUGGAGAAUGGCAGUCUUGAUGUCUGGUUGAGGAACCGAGCUGAUGCCGUGGAAGCCCUCAAUUGGCCUACCCGUUUUAAGAUCUGCUUGGGGGCUGCACGGGGUAUUGCAUUUCUACAUCAUGGAUUUGUGCCUCACAUCAUUCACAGGGACAUCAAGUCCAGCAACAUACUACUGGACCACAACUUUGAGCCCAAAGUCUCAGACUUUGGACUGGCCCGGAUAAUCAGUGCUUAUGAGAGCCAUGUCAGUACCGUUCUUGCUGGCACAUUCGGUUAUAUACCUCCCGAAUACGGUCAAUCCAUGGUGGCGACAGCAAAAGGUGAUAUAUACAGCUUUGGUGUGGUGAUGCUGGAGCUGGUCACCGGUAGAGCUCCAACAGGGCAGACUGACAUUGAGGGUGGUAAUUUAGUGGGUUGGGUUCGUGUGAUGAUGGCUAAUGAGAGACAAGAUGAGGUGCUUGAUUCAUAUAUGCCAUUGAUUGCAAUGUGGAGGUAUCAAAUGCUGCAAGUCCUCAACAUCGCUCGAAUGUGCACCAACGAUAAUCCUUCAAAGAGGCCUACUAUGCUCGAGGUGGUAAAGCUCUUGAAGGAAAUAAAAAUGGAGAUGUAGAUGGAUGAUUAAAUUCCCAUCUGUUCUGUAAAAUGGGAAUUGUAGACUGUAGUCUGAUGCAGAAUCUGAUAAGUAGUAGGAUCUGUAAAUAAGUGAUAUUAAUCGUAAGAAAAAAAUUGUUAGAGCGGCAUUUGAAUGAAAAAAUCGAGCCCUUAUUCUCGAAUCUUAAUCAAUGAAUGAAAGUAUGAAACUAUUAUGACUUCAA